AUGGAUGAUUUGACCACCAAUUGGAAUCGCCUCACCUUGUCGGACAAGGAAGGGUCAGGCCACUAUCUCGAUGACAAAGUGAGUUCUCAAGAAUUCAUUAUUGCGUUCAUGUUCGAUAAUGAAGUAGAGGUUGGAAAAAUGCUGCAAAGUCUGCUAUGGAGUUUCGACAAACACCUAAUGAUCAUGGAGAGGUACGAUAAAAAUUCUAACAUUGAGGAAUUGAAGUUUGACAAGUCAACCUUUUGGGUGCAAGUUCAUGGUCUUCCUAUUAAGUUCAUGAAUGUGAAAGCAGCAGAGAAAAUUUGUGCUAUUCUUGGCAGAGUUAUACCUACUGUCAAUCUGAAUGAAGUGGAGGGUAGAAAUUUUAUUCGAGUCAGAGUUUCAAUGGACAUUAAUGUUCCUUUAUGCCGUGGUCGACUUGUAUAUUUGGGUAGAGAGAAAGAUGUAUGGAUUUCUUUUAAAUAUGAGCGCUUGUCAAAUAUUUGUUAUUGGUGCGGUUGUUUUGGUCACGAUGAUGGGACUGCGAGAUAUGGUUGA